GCUCAAUCCACCAGAUUCAACUGCAAACCCGUCCUGCACUUUAGCCACAGAUUGCCAAAAACUCACUCCAAGUUCCACCACGAACUACCCAUCCUACGCCCAUAAUGGUCCAUCAGCUAUCGCUAGUGUCGUCAAUUCCACACAGCAAGUACAUCCAGACCGUGUCCACGCUCCAGGCGUUGACAGGUUUGGCCAACCCGCAAGAUAUCGCCACAUACACCUUAAUAACCAAACCUCACAACAUCUUCAAGCCCAAGUUUGAACCAGGCAAGGUCAACCAGAUCGAACAGUAUUACAUGAAAUGCACCACCACAUGGUCCGAUGAGGCAAGCACUAGCUUCGACAUCUCUGCUCCCAUCUUGAAAGGUGGCGAUAAUGAUGAUGUCCUGGCAGACCGAUUGUUCAGUGGAGACGAACCAGUGGAGAGAAAUUGGACUCUCCAGGUCUCUGAUAUUCCCAUAGCAGGGAAGAACCAGCUGUGUUCAGCGCAGACGAUAUACGAGAGCACAUUGGUCCACACGCAUACCACGGUGAAGGAAGGACCGUCUGCACCAACUGCACCAACUGCACCAACCGAACCAACCAGCGAGAUACCACAAGCACCCACAGAACCAGAACCAGCAACAGAGGAAAAUCCAGCCAGCACGGAAGUGGUUGACUUGGACGCAAUGGAUGUGGACGCCAUCGAAGUGGAUCAUGUGGAUUUGACAGGAGAAGACGACAAGAAGGAUACGACAGAGGUCAAGGAAGAAGACAAAAAAGAGACACAGGUACCUGAGGUGGCCACAAAGAACGCAAAGAAAGACUCGUUCCUCCAAUUUAUCGAGGACUUGGGUUACGACCUCAUCAAUCAGUACUGGGUCAAGGGCAUCAGAUUUUUUCACAAGGAUAUAGUCAUUGAAAUUUUUAAAGUGUUUGUCCGUGAUGACACUACAGAAAGCUCACACCCUGGCAGAAUCAAGCUCAAACUCUUGGACGAGUCCAAUAACUUCCAGAUCAAGGCGUACAUCAACAUACCCAAAUCAACCGAUGUGGAGUUGAUAAAUCAAGGCAAUAAGGACUUGUUGAAAAUACAAGAAUUCUUGAAAAAUCUAUUUGAGUUGCAAAUUCCCGACAGAAUGUUUAUGGAUUCAAGGGUAAAACAAUAGACUCUAAAACGGAAACUGACCACUCCUGCCAGCAAUUAGGGGAGUCAAAUUCCACCUGGUAUAGUGUUUGGCGAUGAUCGCUGUACCCGUCCAGGAUUUCUAUGUACUAUAUAUCGUAAUUCUGAAAUGUCAAACUAGAUAUGUGA